AGUUUAUACUCACCCUGUGACAUUUUAUUCAGCAUUUAUGGAAAUAUUGUAAUUCUUGCAUUGUGAAGAGCCUGGGAUACUAUGGGAUUCAAAGCUCUCUGUUUUGGGCUGUUUUGUGUUAGUUUUUUAUCUUAUAUUUAUACACCUAUACCUGACAACAUUGAAGAGACUUGGAAAGUAAUGGCUUUGGAUGCAGCUGCUAAAACUUGUACACUUGUGGCUCUGUGUCUUGAAAACAUGGGUGUUAUGAGAUAUGAAGAGUUUAUUUCCAUGAUAAUCAGUCUGGACUAUACACAACCAUUUUCAGAUGAACAUGUCACAGUAACUGAUACGGACUUUGUUGACAUCCCUGUGCGUUUGUACUUACCCAAGAGGAAGUCGGAAGCCCCAAGACGGGCUGUGAUCUAUUUUCAUGGCGGGGGUUUUUGUUUUGGAAGUUUCAAACAGAGGGCUUUUGAUUUCCUGAAUAGAUGCACUGCAAGCAAACUUGAUGCUGUUGUUGUGGGAAUGGACUACAGGCUAGCUCCUCAGCAUCACUUUCCUGCACAAUUUGAAGAUGGCAUCACCGCAGUCAAGUUUUUUCUUCAGGAUAAAAUUCUUACAAAAUAUGGAGUAGAUCCUACCCGAAUUGCUAUUUCAGGAGAUAGUUCUGGGGGCACUCUAGCAGCAGCAGUGGCACAACAGGUACAGAUUGAUCCUGAAGUAAAGCAUAAACUCAAGCUGCAAGCCUUACUUUAUCCUGGCUUACAGGUGAUUGACACUUCUUUGCCCUCUCAUCAAGACAAUGAACAUGGCAUAGUUCUGACAAGGGACAUAGCCAUAAAACUCGUGAGUUUGUUUUUCACCAAGGAUGAGGCACUUCCACAGGCAAUGAGAAAAAACCAGCACAUGCCUCUGGAGUCCAGACAUCUCUUCAGGUUUGUUAACUGGAGUGUACUUCUUCCUGACAAGUAUAGAAAGGACCACAUGUACACUGAGCCUGAGCUGGGGAGAUCUGCUUACUCACUACCAGCACUGAUGGAUCACAGAGCAUUGCCCCUGUUAGCCGAUGAUGCCCGAUUACAGCAUUUGCCACGAACAUACAUUCUUACCUGUCAAUAUGAUGUCCUGAGGGAUGAUGGAAUUAUGUAUGUUACAAGACUUCAAAACGUUGGAGUUCAAGUUUUUCAUGACCAUGUUGAGGAUGGAAUCCAUGGAGCUUUAUCAUAUAUGACAUCACCACUUUACUUACAACAAGGUCUGAGGAUAAAAGAUAUGUACAUCAGUUGGCUGGACAAGAAUUUAUAAUUACAUUU